CUGUCCAGCUACAGUCGUAUGCGGGUACCGUUCGGACGGAUUUCUCGAGUGGAUAUCCUGGAGGCACGGAAAGUACUCCAGAAACUUGCCAGUCUACGAGAGGAAUUAGACAAGAAACGCAAUGAUAAGGCUGAUGUGGAGGAAAUUCAUAAAGUUUAUCGAAAACAAACCGAAACUUCGAAUCAAUUUUAUAGGUGA